AUGGGCGGCGCGAUGAGCGUGGAGGAGGAGGUGGAGCGCGGGGAGGAAGAGGAAGAGGAGGAGGAGGACCUGUUCUACGAGUCGCUCGACCGCAUCCUCUCCUCCUCGGGCUCCUCCACCUCCGCCUCGGACGACGACGGCGCCGACCGCCCGCGCCGCCGCCGCGGCUGCGAUGCGCCGGCCGCGGCUGUGGCCGCGGCAGCGGCGCUCGACCUGUGGACCUCCCAGCCGGCGCCCGUCCAGGAGCGGCGCCAGCGGCUGCUCCAGCUGAUGGGGCUCGCCGGGGAUCCUUCCCUCGCCGGGUUUGAGACGGGCCGGUCCGCCUCCGAAGACGCCGCGGGCCCGCCCCCGGCCUCCCCCGUCUCGCGGUCCAGAUCAGGCGGGGCCGCCCUGGGCUCCGCCGGGAAGCCGCCACUCGGGGGCGGCCGUCUGCGGUCCUCCUUGUCCGACGGCUCCGAUGCUGCCGACGAGGACCCCAGGUGCUUGAUCAGGAACCUUGACGACGGCAGAGAGUACGUGGUGAGGGAAGAAUUCGGUCUCCGCGAGGUCGGCACGGGGCGUCACCUUACCGUUGAGGAGCUGGCCCGCUCACCUAUUGUUCAGGAGCUUAUGCGCCGACAAGCUUUCAGUACUCCCAACUCCAACUGCACCUCAAAUUCCCAAAGUGGCGCCUCCACGCCGAUCGAGAGAUCGAGCUCAGGUUCCAGCAACGGUGGGGCGCGCUACAAGCGGCGUAGCGGCUGGCUCCGCAGCAUCCGCUGCGCAGCUGGCUCCUUGGUCACCCACUCCCGUGACCGCCGCAGCAGCGACGAGAAGGACACGUCUUCAGACAAAGGCGGCCACCACUCCUGCUCCGCGACGGAUGACAGCCAGGACAGUGUUCCACGCCAUGGCCCCGCCCGAGUCAAGGUGCGGCAGUACGGGAAGUCACAUAAGGAGCUCAGUGGCCUGUUUAUGACGCAGCAGAUACAGGCACACAAUGGUUCCAUCUGGAGCAUCAAAUUUAGUCCUGAUGGCCGUUACCUUGCGAGUGCCGGGGAGGAUUGCAUAAUUCAUGUUUGGGAAGUGUUGGAGUUCGAGAGGGCAGGGAAGGAGAGGGAGGUGAAGGAGAACGGGGUGUGCAAUCCGCUUGUUGCUUUGGUGUGCAAUGAGUCAUCAGAGACGAUGGUGGCAUCAGCUGCUCCAAGUGGGAGCCAUUGGGAGAAGAAGCUGCGAUCAAAGGUACUGCACAGUGGGGGAUCAGUGAGCUCAGACAGGUUGAUGGUGCCUGAGUAUGUGUUUGCACUGUCCGAGAAGCCUGUGAUAACCUUUGCAGGGCAUUCAGAGGAUGUGCUUGAUCUCAGCUGGUCCAAAUCUCAGUAUUUGCUUUCAUCGUCAAUGGAUAAAACAGUACGGUUGUGGCACAUGUCAAGCACUUAUUGUUUGAAAACCUUCUCACACACUGACUAUGUGACUUGCAUCCAGUUCAAUCCUGUUGAUGAUAGAUACUUCAUUAGUGGUUCCCUGGAUAAAAAGGUUCGUAUCUGGAGUAUUCCAAAGCGUGAAAUUGUUGAUUGGGUCGAUCUUCAUGAAAUGGUUACUGCUGCCUGCUAUACUCCAGAUGGAAAGGGCGCGCUGGUUGGGUCCCACAAGGGCAGUUGCCAUCUGUAUGAUACAUCUGAUGACAUGCUUUGCUACAAAACACAGAUCGACCUGCAAAACAAGAGAAGAAAAUCUAGCCAGAAGAAAAUAACAGGAUUUCAGUUUGUCCCAGGGGAUUCUUCAGUGGUCAUAAUCACAUCUGCAGAUUCACGAAUCAGAGUUCUUGAUGGUUUUGAGCUAGUUCAUAGGUUUAAAGGAUUCCGAAACACCAGCAGCCAAAUCUCAGCUUGUUUAACUGGAAAUGGGUGGUAUAUUAUCUCAGCAAGUGAGGAUUCCCAUGUAUAUGUCUGGAGGAACAAUGAUGGUUUGAAACCAAGUAGAAAGAAGGGCAUUGUUUCUGUUACAAAUACCCAUGAACACUUCCACUGCGAGAGUGUGACAGUUGCUGUUACCUGGCCUUUUACCAGCACCACAAUGACUUCUUUAAUGAACCCCAGGAAACAAGAAGAGCUUGAUCGUGGGUCUGAGAAUGACUGUUCACCGCAAGGUCUGCAAACCAAACUUGCUAAGGAACAGGAGAUGCCAGAUGUUGAGUACCGGAGCACAAAUAUCACAAGUAACUUGAAUCAUAAUGGUGACCGGACAUCUCCGACUUGGCCUGAAGAACUUAUCACACCAUCAAAUCAGAAUCUCAGGGCUACUACCUGCCAUGCCAACGAGGGAGAUCAAGCUCUGAAUCAGUCGGCCUGGGGCCUAGUAAUUGUCACAGCAGGCCAUGGAGGUCAAAUCAGAACAUUUCAAAACUUUGGUUUUCCUGUAAGAGUAUAG